AUGGCCGUCUUCCGAACUGUCAUCGUCGCCUUCCUCUCGGCCACCAUACUCGCUAUGGGCGUCGCCGCGGGCCCCGUCGAGCCACGCUCCGAACUGACCACCCGCCAAGUCUGUGGUCCGACCGUGUGUGCCGAAGGUCUAUCAUGCUGCAACGCCAGCUGCGGGUACUGCACCAAGCCCGGAGAGGCUUGCACGAUGGAGGCGUGCCUCGGACCACAAUGCGGGCCCAACACGUGCGCGUUCGGCGAGGUCUGCUGCAACGAGAGCUGCGGCUAUUGCACCAAGCCCGGCCAGGGCUGCACCGACGAGCUCUGCCUCGGCCCCAAGUGCGGCGCCAAUAAGUUUUGUGCUGUUGGCGAGGUCUGCUGCAACGAAAGCUGCGGGUACUGCACCAAGCCCGGCGAGAAGUGCACCAUUGAGCUGUGUCAGGGUUAA